GUUAGCCAUUAACUCAUCUAGAAUUUCAUUCUCAUUCUUUCAGAUACUGUUUAUUUGUUGCUGCCUACGCCGGCGCUGCGGCCACCUCAUACUCAGCCACACAUAGCUACAAGUAGCUGGCAAAACAGGCGACGGAGGAGACGAAACGAAAUAUAUGCUGAUUAUGCAGUCAUACCCGAAAAGCCAGCAGCGAGAUAUGAGCAAGAGAGCAACAGAAAAUCAAUCGAUGUAGUUACCAGGAAACCUAAUUGCCAAUCGAAUAAUGUUGAAAGAAUGACUUCAUUUUCAGAAACGAACUCUCUGAAUAAAGGAAAUUCAGUUUCAGAAACAAAAGUAAAACGACUUCCAGAACCAAAUGAUGUAAACAGACUUAUUCCUCCGCCCGGGAAUAGGGUAAAUAAAGACAGUAAGUUAUCAGCACAUGAAGAAACAAAUAUUAGUCCGCCAAAAAGUGUACAAGGGAGGAAAAAAUUAAAUGCAUGUGGCGUUCACACAAAGAAACAGCCAGAAAAUAAUUUCAGUUAUUUCAAAGACAAAAUUGUUCCCGCGAAAACGAACACUGAAUUUUCUGUCUCCACAAACCCUUCAGAAGAAAUUGAAACAUCGACUGGAAACACGAAGAAGCAAGAAAAUAUCAGUUCGAGUGCUGAAAGGUGUUCAAAUAACCUAAAACCUCAGACUGUGAAUGAUGUAGAUUCCGAGAAGAAACAGGAGUCAGAAAAUCAAAAUAUAAAUAACAAAAGCACAAACCACAAAAACCUAGAUGCCUUUACUGUGCCUUCAGAAACCCAUCUUCCAUCCAACACCAAAGACUUUCGGAAUGUUGAGCUAUCAUCUUGUGUAGAUGCAGAAGACAAUCAUAAACGAGAUCCAGUCGUAUUAAAUUUAAACGCCUCAAAUUUACAACCUGACAAAAAUUCCAAUAGCAAUGUAACUGAUUACAAUGCAAAUGAAAAUUCUUGUAGAUCUCAUUCACAGACAUUUCUUCCUGAUAUUUUAAGUACACUAAAUAAUUCUGAGCUUCAAGGUACACAGAGUAGCAAUAAUGCGAGUUCAUUCACAAACGAGAAGUUACGAAACUCCAACUUUUCUGAAAAAACAAACCCAGAAAAUGAAAUAAAUCCUAAGAGCAAAUCCAUUUUAUCUCAAAAUAAUUAUGUGUCACACCUCUUGAAUUCUGAUAUUUUAAAUUACGAAAUGGAAAUGGAACUUAAGAAGUUAACUGCUUUAGAAUCUCUACAGGCCAACCAAUCGAUUUAUAAACUAGCUUUCGAUGAAAAUGUCACUGACCACUCAGAAGAUGACUCUCGAUCACCUAGUCCCAUUAAUCCUGAAAGCCAAAUGCCAAGCAGCAUUACUAAUGCUGAAAUCCUUAUUCAUGAAGCUGAUAGCGGCAGUGAUGCUGGGUCAGAAGACGUAGAGCUUAUACCUCAUCGAUACGAAAGUGAAUCUUCUCUUCAUGAGAAUAAACAUGUUUACGUCAACAAGCUUUCCUUGGCUGUUGAACUUCUUAGAACGGAAGAGAAUCUUCCGUAUGAUGACGAGUUCAAGAGAGUAGUUGGAGAAAACAAUCAGACAGCUGGUAAAAUAUCUCGUGCUAAUCAAGGAGAAAUUAACCUUGGAUUUGUUGAUGAUUAUUACUCAGAUAUUCUUCCAGAAGUACAUAGCCGAAAAGAUGGACAAAUUCCUACAUCGAAAUUUAAAGUUGACGUAGUCAAUGAGUCCAAGGAAUAUCCCAGAAGUAGUGUUAUUACUUCGGAGAACACUUUUGACGAUUUGAAUUGUGAAUCAUGUGAAGUAGCGACUGAAAUAACAUUUGAAAGGGGAAAUAACCAGGAUCAGUCAGAAGAUGUUAAGACAGAAUUUCGCAGGUUUGGUGUCCGGGCUCAACACUAUCUUUCACCAAGAGCAGCUUUAGUAAAUCCUUGCUUUUGUUGCAUCAUUAUGUAAUAUCAUGUUUGCCUUUUUGAUUCCAUCCAUAUGAAAAUUUUUAAUAAUAUUUCUGAUGUUUGAAAUCAUAUAAAAAGUUUCAUAAAUACCAAUUUCUUUAGUAUUGCAUUUAUUGCUAGAAUGAAUUUAAAUGUGUUAAAAAUGUGAAUUGUGCCACAUUCCAGUACAAAUUCUGGAAUUCAUUAAUGUUAAUAUUCUGAUAAAUAUUUUGAAUAAUAUAUGUGUAUAUAUAUGUACACUCAGAUAUACUAGUGUUGUUAAUUAGUUUAACUAAGAACUUUGUGACAUAAAAUUAAGGUUAUCAUAAAAAGGUAAAAUAAAUAUAGUAAUAUUUUUUAGAACUCUUUUCAUAUAUUAAAUUAUUAAAUCAUGCAAUGGUUUUUAACUCGGCGAAGCAGUAAGCAAUUUCGAUAAAUGCGUUAUAAGAAUGUAAAUAUGAGCAUUUCUACAAAACGCGCCCUAAACCAAGCGGACAAUUUCUAUGAAAUAUUUCUCACAUUCAAAGAAAUUUAUCUCCUUCAAAAUAAUCACCAAAGGAGUCUAUACAAUUUUUUCAACGUUUCUUUCGGUCAUCGAAACACUGUUCAUAGGUGUUGGAACGAACCGUUCGGAAAAUAAGCGUAACACUGUUGUUUUGUUAUUGUGACUUACCUCACUUCUUUGACAGUAACAUCAGAACAAGCCCACGAAAUUCAUAGUGGCAAUGAGCAAGAUUGCACCUAUCAUUGGUGAGAGCCUUGAGCACCAUAAUAGGUGACAGUGCGACUUUGCUCAGUUCUGUCCCCAGUUUUGAAGGAGAGCACCCCAGGGAAACGAGUCCGAGGAUCUCCCACUUAUCAGCAACCUCUUGAGAGGAUUUUCGGCUCGCCGCAUGUUUAGAGCGCCCUCAUGCCGCACAGGCACUAGACAUUUACCCUUCAGUUCGGCAGUCAGCGUUGCAAACCACUAGCCUGGUUGUGCGGCCCUCGUAAUAUUUGCUUUAAGAUCCGAGAUUUUUUUCAAAUCUCUGUCCUUUCAUUAUCAUAAGUUGCGAGAAUGUGGUGGGUGAUUUAUCGCUGCAAUUCGAUGCUUAACAAGAUAUUGUUGUACAGAAAAUGCUGUAUGGGGCAUAGCAUUGUCAUAUAAAAGAAACCAUUGCCAAGAAUAAAAAAAUUCCUCCCUAACUCGCCUUAAAAAGUACCUCCUUGUAAAAAUACUGAUUAUUUGAUUGAUUUUCAGGGAUAGAUUCAUGGUGAAGAGUUCUUUUCAAUCAAAAAAUGCAAUCAGCAUCACAUUCAUCUUUAAUUUUAAAAUCCGUUUUCUUUUUUAAAAAUUUUUUAUUAUUAGCUUUUAAACUUUUUGUGGGAGGAGAUAGUUUUUUCCCACUGUGAACUUUGUCGUUUUAUUUCUGGGUCGUAUUGUAGACAACAUAUCUUACCUCUCGCUGUGAUACAUUUGAAGAGAUUGCUGUCCUGUUCCGCAGUAGUCACCAAAUCUUCACAGCAAGCUUUUCUUUCUUCUUUUGGCUGUUCUAUCAAAGUCCGAGGCCUAAAUCGAGCACGCUUUCCUCAUUUUCAGAUUUUCAAGUAAAAUUAACCUACAGCUUUCUUUGUUUAUCCCAAGCAUGUCUGAAAAUUGUUGAGUUGUUACACGUCUAUGAACUUUUAACCGAACAGCGAAUUUGUUUCACAGUAUCCUCAUUCGUUGAAGUUGAAGAUCUUCAUCUUCAACGCUUUCGCGCCCACAUUUAGCUAUUCUGCUACUCAUACAGUUGCGUUCUUGAUAACGAUGCAUCACCAUAUACUGUUCGAAUGUCUCAGUCUGUGUGUAUUGUUAUAACGUUUUCCAGAUACAAUUUGGAGUUUGAGCGCUAGUCAUGUACGGCUGCACGACUGCCAGGGUCUGAGCUCUCUUUCUAGCGUAAUUACAAUGCUAAGCAAAUAUGUAACAUAAAACAAUAAAUGGAAAUGCUGUUACAUAUUGUAUUUAGACUAUAACAACCAUUUACCCUAGGAGUCAUUACUUAGAUAAAAUAAGUGUUCAUUUUUGUAAGAACAGAUAAAACAAAUGUGGUGAUGUAAUUUCAAUUCCUUCUACAAAUUCUCUUAGAAUGUAACUACAGACUAUUGCAACUGAUUAGUCUUUAUUUUGUUUUAUCGAAAUAUGCGUCUUGCAUUUUGUUUCACGGAAAUAAUAACAGUUUUUAACUGUAUAAUCGUUAUCAAAAUAAAUGAAGAUAAAAGAAUAAAUAAAAUUCUGAGACUUGCAACUUCAAUGAAUAUAUAUUUGGUCCGCACAAGAAAAAGGAAGUUCCAAUUAAUCACAUGUGUUUUAGUCCCAGUUAAUGCGGAUAUUUACAGGCCUACUGUAAUGAAUUCAUGAAAAAUAAAUAAAUUAAAAUAAAAAA